CGUAAAACCUGCCCCGCCCCUCCCCUGGGAUGGGACGGGUCGAUCACGUGACCGAGAGGGCCUACUGUUUAGAAAACUUUUACUUGUUUAUUUUGACCAAAGCUAGAGAAACUUUCUUUCAUAUUACAAACAAAAAUAUAUUUAAAUAUAUUUGUUUUAAAAGAGGGACAGCAGUGCGGAGGCGCGGUAACUGUUCCAGAGGCCAGGUGGAUGAACUUUCAAUUAAAUUAGGAAGAAAAUAGUUUUGUAGCAUUAGUUUGAAGUGCGGUAACUUUUUUAUGUGAAGGAAGGACAUACGUCAGAUGUCACGGCUAGACCAAGGAAGAAAACCCUUUAAUUAAAUAAAAUAUAUCUGUUCAGAAAACGACGUUCGAUUUUUUAAUACGUGCUUAAUUGUUACAUGUCAAAGUUUAAAAUCGGGUUAUCGCUGGGUUUAAACUCCAGAAUUUUUAAAGAUAGUCCAGCUACUUCCUGAAUUACUGUUCUAAAAACACAACAAGGAAGUGAAGCAGAUGCGGUCGUAGCAUUAAUAACUUCGUUUUCCUUUAUUUAAAUUCAUAUUAAAACAACCGAGAAAGAAGUCGUGAAUGUCUUUUAAAAAUACCGCUCAUUAAAAACAUAUAAAGGUAGAAUUCAGUACUAAUGACAAGAUAUUUUACAGCAUUUAAACAGCUUAUACGAAAAAGGCUGGUUAGUUUUGUUCUUGUAGAAGGAAUUAUUUAGUGUACGCUUUUUCAAAAGAAACCUAGUUAAUAAAUAUGGAACAUAACAUUGGGUACGCGGGUUUGUAUUAUUAUUAAGUAUUAAAAUAAAUUGAAAUAGAUCAUUGUGUUGCUUGGAAACUGUUGUUGAUUUGUUAAAUAACCUCGCGAAGAUGUACUGGCGACUUCCGGGAGUUCUGUGGUGUGCGCUCGUGUUUUGCACAGGCUGCUGGUCAGCUGAUUUUGAGCGGAUUCCCGGUUUAGGUCCUUGCUGGGGAACCCCCAGAAUCCUCUCUGAUCGUCAUGGAGAGGUCCAGAGCCCUGCCCGCAUCACAUGGUUUCCACGGCAACUCAACUGCACCUGGCUGAUCCGCGCUCCAAUAGGACACAUCGUUACUGUAAGCUUCUCUCAGUUCUCCCUGCCCUGCAAACUCGGGUGGGUUUCUGUGGAAACCCUGCUGGAGACGAAGCUGCCGCUGUGUGGCACCCAGUUUCCCGAGGCAGUGGAGCUGCUAGGGGGAAACGUUUCCAUAACGUACCACAUCAUUCCAUCCCCAAAUGCUGACCCCCAAACCGGCUUCCAUCUUUCCUACAUCCAAGGUUAUGUGGACUCAGACUCCUGCCCUUCAGACGAGUUUCUUUGCGGGAGUCGCAAAUGCAUUCCCUUCUCCUGGCGCUGCAAUGGGCAGGACGAAUGCGGAGACAGCUCUGACGAGACCGACUGCCCCUCCCUCCAAAGCCAUCAGAAUGGCGGCGCCACCCUCCUCUGCCCCUCUCCAGCCCGGCCCUGCCCUGGCUACCCCCAAACGAGGCGCCCCCCUCUCUGCCUUCACCCCUCCCAGUUCUGCGACGGGUUCCUGGAUUGCCCCGGGGGCACUGACGAGCACUCCUGUGCCCCUGUCAAAGAGGGGCCCUGUGGGGGGAAGCUCACUGGCUUUUACGGGACCUUUUCCUCACCCCAGUUCGGGGUCCAGCCCUCGUACCGGCCUGUCUUGGAAUCGGGGAAGGGGGGCAGGCAGUGCGAUUGGGAAGUGGACCCAGGGGACCCCCGAAAACUCAUCCUGAAGCUGGUGUCUGUGGAUCUGGGGUACGGGGAUGCCAUCCAGAUCUAUGAUGGGCUAAAGGGGGAGAAGAGACAGCUGAUCAGGACGGUAUACUACCUCACCAACAGUAAGCCUGUAACCGUGGAGUCCAGCACGGGCCGGCUCUCCCUCUCCUAUCGCCAGCCCUCCUCCCAGGCCUCUGGGCGUGGCUUCAACGCCACCUACCAGGUGUGGGGGUACUGCCUGCCCUGGGAGACGCCCUGCGGAGAGGGGCAGCGCUGCUUCUCCCCCCAGGAGAGGUGUGACGGAGUGUGGCAGUGCGCGGAGACCGGGAGGGAUGAGGAGGGCUGCAGGGGCUGCCAGAAAGGGACCUUUCCCUGUGGAGCAGGAGAGGGGGGUGGGGGGCAGUCGGGGCGCUGCUUCAAGGCAUCGGACCGGUGUAACUAUCAGCAGUACUGCAGCGACGAGACUGACGAGAGGAACUGCCUGAGCUGCCAGCCCGGCACCUUCCACUGCGACACCGACAGGUGUGUGUUUGAGACAUGGCUGUGUGACGGGCAACCGGACUGCAAGGACAACACCGACGAGAUGAACUGCCCGUUCACCCUGCCGCGCAAGGUCAUCACCGCGGCAACCGUGGGCAGCCUCAUCUGCGGUCUAUUAUUGGUCAUCGCCAUGGGCUGCACCUGCAAACUGUACUCCCUGCGCAGCCACGAGUCCAGUUUCUUCUCUCCUGUCUCUCGCAUGGAGGCGGAGCUUAUCCAGCAACAGGCCCCACCCUCUUAUGGUCAGCUGAUCGCCCAGGGAGCUAUUCCACCAGUUGAUGAUUUCCCGACAGAGAACCCCAACGAUACCUCGGUGAUGAGUAACCUCCGAGGAAUCCUGCAGCUACUUCGACAGGACCGCCCCCAGGGGAGGAGACGGCGACGCCCCAGAUAUGUGAGGCGAGCAAUCAGGAGGCUGCGGCGGUGGGGACUGCUGCCAAGACACGCCCCCAGCACCAGCACCAGCACCAGCACCAACAACAACUCUAACUCCUCCCCCAACAGUACCACUCCAGCCCCUCCCCUCCCUGACCCAGCCAAUGAGCAGGCAAGCCAGGCCCAUCCCCUCACAGCGGUUGCCCCGGGAGAUGAGGAGGAGGAGUAUGACAACCAUUCUGAAGACAAUGCCUCACCCCUGCCUGUCAAAACCAGAUUCGAGUCCAUCGCUAGCCAGCCGGCUCGGACACAUGAAAAUGUCGCCUCUCUGCUUCCUGUCAGCUCGACCUCUGAACACCAGCGUCCGGGGGGGUGGAGCUCGGUGAUGCAGGCACUCAGGGGCCGGCUGUCAUUCCUGGGGGGCGGGAUCAGCGUGCAGAGCGAGGAGCCAGCAGUGGCGGGGGAGAAUGCAGACGACGAUGAUUUGCUGUUGGUCCCUCUCUCCGACAGCCCCCAGCUCUCCCACAGCCUGUUCUCCCCUCUUGCAGACCCCCAGUCCUGGGGCAGUGAGCUGGAGCUGCCCAAUGAUGAUGCAGAACUGCUCACUUGAAUUAAAAGCAUGGUUUGGAAAAUAAUUGAGAGAACCCUACCUGUUCUGCUCUUCCAUUCAUUGUACAUAGGUCUUAAAUGUGCAGUUUGUGAAAGCACGUGAUAUAGCAAACGUUUUUAUUUUAUUAUAUAUCUGCUACUACACUAGGUUAAAGAAAUCUCAUGUUUGCACAAGCCAUGCAUUUAGUGUUGGACUUCCCCUGUUUACUGAUUAUAAUUGAAGAACACUGCUGAGGUGACCUAGAAAGUGCAAGUUCAACAGAUUUUCCGAGACCAAGGCAUAGGAACUGAGAACUUUAUAACCUAAAGUAGUACUAGAUUAAAAAGGAAACAUUUGUUGUACCAUUAUUUCAAAACUGCACAUUUGAGAGCUGUGUAGCAAAUAAAAGCGCAGGACAGGUGAGACAUGUGAAACUUUCUUUAGCUACAGUCACUUUAAUAAGUACAGAGCUCCCUCAUGAUUAUUUAAAGAUUUGUAACAAUGUUACUUUUCAACUCUUCCCCCCUCUGUCUCUAUAUGGGCUGUUGCAAGGUCGCACUGUCACUUGAUUUGAAUGGAAUGAGGAAGGCUGUUCAGUUUCCUGGCACUUAGGAUUCUCCAGACAAGUCAAAGCAGCAAAAGCAGCACAAAGCCGGUAAAGGCAGGUUUAGAGAAAACUCAGUCGUGGAGCAACAGAACCCAGAACCGCUCUGAAUGAUUGAAGCGAGCACUUUAAAAACAGGAAGGAGGGCAAAUUUAAAAGGACAUUUGAUGCGACUUAGUUACUAAAAGUUUAAAAACUAAACUUUACUAAAAACACAGCGACUGGCAGCAUUCUCUUUUUCUUUAUUAAAAUUGUAAACUUGUCCUUUUUUUUUUUACGAGGAUCAGAUAUAUUUUAUCAUCAUUUAUAGUUGGAUAAACAGCUCUGUGAUCAAGUACUGUGUGUGAAACUCUGAAUUUAAAAAUGCAAAAGCAAACUGUAGACCAUCCUCUAGUUUGACAGAUCCCAAUUAGCACUGAUCAUGGACUAACUUGUGUGGUCUUAUUAAAGCAGCCGUAUAACUACUAAAUCAGGUAUUUUUUUAUCUAAUGGUGGGCACAAUAGUUUAAACUUCCAGCCUGAUCCUUAAAUUAUUUCUUAUUCAGUCACAAUUACCAUUAGAGCCACAGUCUGAUUGUGAAAGUCCAAUGCUGACUUGUUGAAUGCAGCUGGACAGUACCCUGUUAAACACAACUUGAACUAAGAGAAGCGCUUAAUUUUGGUGCUGCUACAAAACACAGAAAACUGAAUCGCUUAAUGAGCAGAAAACUACUGAAGCAGUUUCUUCGUGGACUCUGGUUACUCCAGAUCUGUUCAUCUCCUGCUGUUUUGUUUUUUAGUUUAUAUUUUUAGUGACCUAGGAAGUGCAAGACUACCCAAAAGGGAAGUCGUGCAAACCCAGAGCUUUAAUAUGUUAUCCCUAACUGUCAAACACUAGAAAUACUAAAUCAAAAGUAAGAAAUUCAACAAGAAGCAUUUCAAUUAGGGGAUUUUUUAAUCUAGUGGAAACGUUUGUCAUUGAAUUGAUGAAGUUUCUUUUAGUGUUUCUUUAAACUACCAUACACAUCACUUACUAUUUCACAUAAUGUCCCCUUACUUUGUGACUGGCCAGAAUCUGUAUUGUAACAAGUAGUUUUGAGGAGUUUACUAUAAGAACUAAUUGUGUUUCAGUGCUGGGUGUGUAAUGUAUAAACUUAGAGAUUAGAUUUUCUUAUUGCAUUCGUUUGGGCUUUUUAUUUAUUUUUUUUUGCACAAAGUUUGUUCAGCAGCUUGGGUAUCAAUUCUUUCUUAUUUUUUAUUUCUACCAGAUUUUCUCGUUGUAUGGAUAUUCCCUUCUUUUAAGUAUUCAAUCAAAGUUUAGAUGAAUGGAACAUGUAAAAUAGCAAUUUUAAAAACCUUUUCACAGUCUGCCAUCGUGCCGUUCCGCUUUAAAGUAAUUACAGAAGCCGUUUGAAUUGAAAUUAAAGCAGAUUAGGGUUUUUGUUGUUGUGACUAAAUGAACGAUUGAGACAAGCGAGUGGCAGUUUUAAACCCUGUCAUCUGAAAAUAGCAGAUCCAUCUUGGGUUAAACAUGGUCCAAUUUACAAUUUACAAUGGCCCAAGAAUAGCUCUCCCUAGUCUUUUCUAUAAUAUCAAGAUCAGCGAUUCCACACGUUCAGAAGGCAUUGUGGAUAUCUGCUGAAAACUGACUAUCAGACUACGAGCGACCGCGAGACGCAUUAUCUGAUCAGAGGUCAAAAGGAAAAUUACUUUUCAAGUGAUAUCAGUUUGGUCACAAUGCUACAAAACACCUGGCCAGAGGUCUGAUAUAUUGAUGUCUAAUGACCAAAGUAGCAGACUAGCCAUUUUCAAGGAAUUACCUAGUGAUGAUCGCAAUUGAAUGGACCAGGGUGAAAUCAGUUUUUACGUAAUUAACUGAAAAAUUUAAGUUGUACAGAUUUUAUUUUUUGAUAGUAUGAUAUUUGUGAUUUUUUUUUUUUGAUUCUUUAAAAUAAAUCAUGAGGAAAAUCAGAGAGCUACAUAUCUACAGCAAGUACAGUUCAUUACUAUAGUUCUAUAGAGGGUUUUAUAUUGGUGUUAUAUAGUGUGGUCCCACCAGCAUUGCCCUGUGUAAAGUCCAAUCUAUAGCGACCACACUGUGCAACAGUGUAAAACCCUGUUGAACUAGCCAGCAUAUUGUUUGAUAAUUAAUAACAAGCUUAUUUCUUUCUCUGUCAGUUUUAAAGAAUGUAUUCUAGCAUUUGGGUGUUUUUUGUUUUUUUUUUAUUAAUAAUUGAAUAAUUGAUAUAAAAGAAAAAAGCAAUUCUAUGAGAUUUCAGUAGUUCAAUACUAAUAUAAUAAAAAUGAUUUACAAAUAAA